CUUGACUGAAGAUCAAGGACAAUGCUAAAUACCAGUUUGGCAGAUGAAACAUUUUUCAAGUUAUUUGAAGAGAUUACAAACUUCAUCUGUCUGAAAAGAGUCUUGUAAGAAGUUAAAAUGGAUUUAAAGACUGCCUUUAAACUGCUGACGAUUAAAUAUAAUGAAAAUCUUCACUACUGUCUGGUGAUACAUCAAUUAAGACACAAAGGAAAGAAUCAAUCUUUGCAAAGAUCGUUUUAAAGAAAAAUAAAACCACUGACUACUCGCUGGUGCUGCAUGUGAAAAUGCCUACAGAUAUUACUAAUGACACUGGUGCCUGUGACGCUGACUCCCAGUUUCUAAAUUAUUUGUAUGCAAUAACAUACACUAUCAUUUUAGUGCCUGGUUUAAUUGGCAAUGUAUUAGCGUUAUGGGUAUUUUAUUCUUACAGAAAGGAAACUAAACGAGCGGUAAUAUUUAUGCUCAAUCUGGCUAUUGCAGAUUUAGCUCAGGUCCUUUCUCUGCCACUCCGGAUAUUUUAUUACUUAAAUGAGUCCUGGCCUUUUGGUAAUUUUUUGUGCAUGUUUUGUUUCUACCUGAAAUAUGUGAAUAUGUAUGCUAGCAUUUUUUUCUUAGUUUGUAUUAGUGUUAGGCGCUUUUUGUAUGUUAUUUACCCUUUUAAGUUUAAAGACACCAAACGGACAUUUGAUGUGUACAUUAGCAUUGUAGGAUGGAUAGCGGUUUGUCUGAGCUGUUUACCAUUUCCUCUUCUAAGAAUCAACAAUAAUACAACAACAAAUGACAAGUGCUUUGUGGAUCUUCCCCUAAGAGACAUUGGGAAAUCAAAUGCAAUAAUAACAAUGACUUUAGCAGAAUUCUUUGGCUUUGUUACUCCUCUGCUUAUUGUGGUUUACUGUUCCUGGAAGACUAUAAUAUCGCUGAAGGAGCCAAAUUCCGCUUCUCAUGAUCUUGGAGAGAAAAAGAAAGCUUUGAAAAUGAUCCUGACUUGUGCAAUUGUAUUUUUGAUCUGCUUUGCACCCUACCACCUAAGCUUUCCUUUACAUUUCUUGGCAAAAGCAAAUCAGCUAAGUUCUUGCUCACGGAGAAAGGCGAUCUUAACAUUACACCCUGUGACUUUGUGCCUGGCUAGUAUGAACUCAUGUCUUGAUCCUGUAAUCUACUACUUUACUACAGAUGAAUUUAAAAGACGGCUAUCAAGACAAGAUAUACAAGACAAUAUGGAGCUACAAAUUUACUGUAAUAAAGCACUGGUAAAGAAGAAUUCAAUCCCUGAACUUUAAAGCUUCAUCAUGUGACAUUAAAUUAGAGUAAAACAAGCAGCUGUGAAGUUUAUAUAUACAUGUUCCCGGGUAGAAAAA